AUGAAACCCAGCUCUGAUGAUGUCCAUCAAUUGAUGGAAGAAAGCUCAGAACGUUUUCACCCUGAACGAGGGAGAAGGUCUCGUGGACUGCGUCAACAUGAAUAUCGUCUAAAAGCCAACCGGCUGCAGUACAACGAGAUUCAUCCGUCCUCUUUUUCUGGUGAGAUCGACCGACGAAUCUCUUCUUCAUGCACUUUCAUUCGAAAUGAAGGUCCCCCUAACAGUGGCUAUUUUCUCUAUGGCUUGACACAAUUUGUAAGGCUCAACUAG